UAUAUAUAUACCAACCGGCUUCUUCCCUCGCGUCUCUUCUCACUCGUUUCGUAAAAUCGACCUUUUUUGUUUUUUUUGUUUUUGGCCAACUUUUAUACACCGCUGGCCGUUACUCGGGUACAUUUGUAUACACGUUCUGGAGUUUUCGGGGCCUGGACCGGGUCGAUCGCUUGCCACUUCCAAACUCAAAAGGAUGACGUGCUCGGCGCUCAGACUGUGGCUGGCGCUGUCGUGUUCCGUGGCGUUGUCCGCGUCGCUGCCCGACGAGUACGAGACGGUGCGCACGAGCAACGCGGCUAUCCUAAACCGUCUGGGCCUGGUGGCCCUGGGCCCAACCGCCGACGGCCACCACCGCAAACGCCUGGCCGAGUCCUUACAGCCCCACGGCUACGGCAGGCGCCACGGCGGCUCGGCCCACGACAGCCACGUGUACGUGGUGAAGCUGCCCCCGAGCCCGCCCUACUACAGCCACUCCAGGCCGCACGGCCUCGACAAAAACCUCACCCUGGCCAAGCCGGGCUUCAAGGGCAACGGCAAACCCGCCAAGAUCUUCCACUGGAACCUGCCCCUCGUCAAGAAGAUCAACGACAAGAAGAAGCACGCGGCCCUCGCCAGGAUGGAGCUGGCGAGGAGGCGGCUCGAGGCGGACAACCACCGGCUCAAGGUCGCCGACAAGAUGAGCUACUUCAAGAAGCUGGCGCAGGAGCAGCUCGUGCCUGCCAAGCCUACCAGGAACAACGACAAGUGGCUCAGCGACCUAGAGAAGGUCGAGCCGAGGAUCGAGAGCACCGGCAACGCCACGCAGCUGAAGAUCCUGUCCCUGUCCAACGAAAAGUCGUACCGGUUGGCCAACGAUCUCAAAGCCGAGAAGGAGACGUCGCGGGGCCACCACCGCCAGCACCAAAACUUCAACAACUGGCACGACACCUCGACCAACAACGACGUCCAAUUGCCGCAGCAGAGCUCCCGCAACGCCCUCACGGCGGAAUUUAACGGGGCGCAGCAACAACACCCCAAGAAGCACAGGAAAAAAUCGGCGGGCGUGUCGUACUAUUACGCCCCGGCCCUGACCGGCAAGUCGGCCUCGACCAGCAUCAGCAAACACUUCCCCGGCAACGGCAAGCCCAAGGCCUUUUACGUUAUGGAGAAGAGUCGGAAGCCCGUUUAUUACCAUCCCCUGCUACCGUAAGAACUUUGUGUGCGCGUAUACGCAUCCAGCGUCUCGUAUACUUGCUGGCUUCUUCUUUUCCUUUUUUCCACUGCAGCUAUCAUUACUAUUAUUAGUCCCUGUGCCGAGUUUACAUUUUUUUUAAACCGCUCGGUACACGGAUGGCGAAAUUGUCACGGGAAAAUUCGAGGAUCGGUGCUAUAUUUUUUGAACAAAAGUGUACAAUCGUUAAAUUUCUUCCCUCGUUUGCGAAAACCUAAAAUGGUAAUUUUUGUUCGUGUCGAAGCGCCGAGUUGUUUUUGUAUUACUAUUAUAUGUGUACUUGAGAUGGGAUUACAUUGGGAUCAUGCAGGGUAGCAUACGAUUAUA